CAAGUCCUGUCGACUGUUCUAGCCCUGUUUUCUCGUAGCUGAAGGAAAUGAGAGUUCACCUCCUUCCUAGUACCAGUGUUCUAUCUCUUCAGAGAAAAAUCCUGGGAUUUCCCUAAAGCACCUCACUCUGGGAUUUAGGCCUGCUUGUACCACUUUGUGUCUGGAGGCCUUCAGUUCGGGAGACCCUGUGAAUCUUCCAGCCAUCCAACCCCGGCUAGUAGCAGUCAGCAAAACUAAACCUGCAGGCAUGGUGAUUGAGGCCUAUGGUCAUGGGCAGCGCACUUUUGGAGAGAACUAUGUUCAGGAACUACUAGAGAAAGCAUCAAACCCUACGAUUCUGUCUUCAUGCCCUGAGAUCAAAUGGCACUUCAUUGGCCAUUUACAGAAACAGAAUGUCAACAAAUUGAUGGCUGUCCCCAACCUCUUUAUGCUGGAAACCAUAGACUCUGUGAAGUUGGCAGACAAGGUGAACAGUUCCUGGCAGAAGAAAGGUUCUACUGAACAACUAAAGGUUAUGGUCCAGAUUAACACCAGUGGAGAGGAGAGUAAACACGGCCUUCCUCCUUCAGAGACCAUAGCCUUGGUGGAACACAUAAAGGCCCGGUGUCCCAGCCUGGAGUUCGUGGGGCUCAUGACCAUAGGAAGCUUUGGGCAUGAUCUUAGUCAAGGACCAAACCCAGACUUCCAGGUGUUACUGUCCCUGCGGCGGGAGCUGUGUGAGAAGCUAAACAUCCCUGCGGAGCAGGUGGAGCUGAGCAUGGGCAUGUCCACAGACUUCCAGCAUGCCAUUGAAGUAGGAUCUACAAAUGUCCGGAUAGGAAGCACCAUUUUCGGAGAGCGAGAUUACUCAAAGAAACCUGCCCAAGAGAAGACUACAACAGACCCGAAGGCCACAGCACCACUGGCACAAGAACAGUGAGACCCGGACAUCUGAGAGGGUCAACUGUGCACCAGCCGAGGUUUUCAUUUUGGUGUUCCGCAUGUUCCCAUCCCCACUCUCCUGUGGCUGUACAGAGCACUGAGAUUACAUGUGCUGAUGGAGGCCUCCUGUGUGUGGCCUCUGCCCUAGGAGGAGUUCUGAGACUUCAGAGUGACACCCAAUCCGGAACUGACAUCCACUGAACACUGCCCAGGACCACCCAGCCCUCUGUGAAUGCCUUUUCCCUGGUAUCUUUUGAGUUGCUGGUGUCUAUAAUCAAAAAACAAAAAACUCAGAGGGAUUCCCAUUUGCCCUUCCACCAAACUGGAGUGCCCCACAGUUGUGUUUACAAGUCCCCAGCGAACAGUCCCAUCACUACUCUGGAACAGGGUGAUCUCUGCUCCCAGUUUGCACCCUGGCCAGUGGAUGUCUCUAGUCACAGCUCCUCUGUGGCACUGAACUUCCAGGGUAACUUGUAAGUGCACUUGGGCCUUGCUGACAUCAUGUUGAGAAGGUGAUACAUGGAGCCUUUUCCUUGGGGACCACAGUGAUGGAAAGU